AAAGGGGUCUGAGCAGGGCGCCUCGGUCUGAAAAGUGCUGUGUCACGUCAGCGGAAGGAGGUGUCCCAGAUCUUCUCAGCUGUCUUGGUACCAGCCUUCCCAGUCUUCUUACCCACACUCAGCCAUAAUGCCUCGGGGUCAGAAGAGUAAGCUCCGUGCCCGUGAGAAACGCCAGGAGACCCAUGGUCAGCCACAGGGUCUCACAGGUCCCCAGGCCACUGCAGAGAAGCAAGAAGAGUCCCACUCUUCCUCAUCCUCUUCUCACGAUUGUCUGGGGACUCGUCGUAGGUCUUCUGAUGCCUCCGUUCCUCAGGAGUCUCAGGGAGCUUCACCCACUGGGUCUCCUGAUGCAGUUGUUUCAUGCUUAAAAUCUGAUGUGGCUGCUAAGGGCCAAGAUGAGAAAAGUGCAAGCACCUCCCCCAAAGCCUCCAUUCCUCAGGAGUCUCAGGGAGUUUCACCCACUGGCUCUCCUGAUGCAGGUAUUUCAUGCUCAAAAUCUGAUGUGGCUGCCAAGGGCCAAGAUGAGAAAAGUGCAAGCACCUCCCUUGAAGCCUCCAUUCCCCAGGAGUCUCAGGGAGCUUCACCCACUGGCUCUCCUGAUGCAGGUGUUUCAGGCUCAAAAUAUGAUGUGGCUGCCAAGGGUCAAGAUGAGGAAAGUGUAAGAGCCUCACAGAAAGCCAUCAUUUUUAAGCGCUUAACCCAAGAUCCUCUAAAGAGGAAGGCGUGCGCAUUGGUGCAAUUGCUGCAGGAGAAGUUUGAGAAGAAAGAGUCCAUUUUGAAGGCAGACAUGCUGAGGCGUGUUGGCAAACGUUACAAGCACUACUUCCCUGAGAUCCUCAACAGAACCUCCGAACGUUUGGCGGUGGCCUUUGCGGUUGAAUUGAAAGAAAUGGAUUCCAGCGGCGAGUCCUACACCCUUGUGAGCAAGCUGGGUCUCUCCAGUGAAGGAAUUCUGAAUGAUGCUAAGGGGCUGCAGAAGUCGGGUCUCCUGAUGUCGGUCCUGAGUGUGAUCUUCAUGAAAGGCAACCGUGCCACUGAAGAGGAGGUCUGGGAGUUCCUGAGUUGUUUGGGGAUCUAUGCUGGGAUGACACACCCAAUCUAUGGGGAUCCCCAGAAGCUCAUUACUGAAGAUUUGGUGCAAGAUAAGUACGUGGUUUACCGGCAGGUGUGCAACAGUGAUCCUCCACGCUAUGAGUUCCUGUGGGGUCCACGAGCCCAUGCUGAAACCACCAAGAUGAGAGUCCUGCGUGUUUUGGCCAAGAGCAAUAAAACCAGCCCUGGUUUACACCCACAUCUGUAUGAAGACGCUUUGAUGGAUGAGGUAGAGAGAGCAUUGAGACUGAGAGCUUAAGGCAGAACUGGCACUAUUCCCUUGGCCAGGGCACCUUAUGGGGCCACAUCCUACAGAUCCUCCCAUUUCUAGGGAGGUCUGAAGUAGAAUUUUCGCUUUAUGUUAGAAGAGAGUAAUGAGCCUUCUAAGUACUGCAGUAUAGUAGAGGCUGGAGGGAACAAGAUAUAUCUCUUUCUCUUGUCUUGUUAUACAUGAGUAACUUGUAGAUUUAUGUUUUAUUUCUUUGUCAAUUUUCAAGAUUGUUUCUGUUAAGUGAAGGUUUAUUUUGCUUCAGAUUAUACAGUUAUCAAAAACAUAGCUCUCACAUUCAUGGCUGCUUAACCAAUUUGAAAGUUACGGUUUGGGUAUUAAUAAAACAAAAUCACACAACAUGUUUUCAUUGUAAUUCAGAACUAGAUAACAUGGUAAUAGAAAAUGGAUUUUGAUAUGAAUUUUAAGAACUCCAUAGUAAAAAAGUUGACAUCAUAAUAUGACGAGAAAGAAAAGGAAAAACAGAAAUGUAAAAGUUUGUUUAAUUCUUGGUUUGCCUAAUUCCUUUUCCUAUUUCUUUUAGUAUAAAUAAAGGAUACCUGGAUUUAUU